UGGAUACAGUCCCCUCUCCCUUUGGGCUUGAAUUCACAUUUUUCCUACAUAGUUAUUUUUCUUGGAAAUUUUGCAUUUUUGUCUUAUCCGCAUCCCCCUUCCGCUUAUCCGUCCCUCCCUUCAGAAGGUUCUGGGUUCGCUCCUGAACUAUACACGUAGCUCAAUAGGGUAUAUCAAGUGCGACCAUAAUACGACAGUAUAUAUAUAUGAAUCAGGAACAACAAGACUUAGUAAACGCUUCCUAUAAAAUUAUAAUAAUAACCAAUUAAAAAGCGCGAACAGAAUCUUACUCAAACCGAUAAAUAACUAAAUAAAUAAAUGGGCCAUGAGCAGUGUAGUCACAAUCGAUGAGCGGCCAUGAUUGUGUUCAGUCAAAAUGAUAAAAAAAUCUUUCUUCUCUUCCAGAGGCAAAGAUUCUUUAUAUUAUAUUUGAUAUCUACAUUUCGUGCUCAAAAGAACGAAGUCAUUUGUUGAAAAUUUAGAAAAAAUAGGACAGGCAGGUGACCUGGCUAUUUUAAACAGUCUGACUGGCCUGUCUGAAACCUCAGCCUAAUCUUUGACAGACUCGAAAAUUGGGGUAGGUGCUUGUCCCAGGUAGCCAAACCUGGUGGCCUGUUUGAACCUCUGGUACAAAGCUUGAUAAUGGAAGUUUUACUGAUAGGGUCUCCAGAGUUCUCUCAGCUCCUUGAUUUUCCUAGCCUCUUGAACUCUUUUGGUUCCUUGAGUUCUCGAGUUACUUGAAUUCCUUUGGUUCCUUAAGUUCCUUGGGUUCCUAGAGUUCUAUGAGUUUCUAAAAUUUCUUGAGUUACUUGGAUUUCUUGAGUUUCUUGAGUUCUGUGGAUUUCAUUUAGUUUCUCAUUGGUGGCUGCUUCUUCUUUACUAUUGAUGUUUGGGUUUCGAGCUUCUCAAGAGUUCUGAAGUCCUUGAAUUCGGACAGAUCUCUUUUAUCGAUAGAUCUAACUACUGUGUCAAAAUGAGUUAUUGAAAACUUACGUUAUAAGCGAUGAAGAAAACUUUAUUUAGUAGAAAUCUGACGUUAUACGUGAAAAUAAUGAAAUGUAACCAAAUUAAAAUAUAAUUUUAAAAGUCAUUCAUCACAAUUUACUAUAUUCUGUCACAAUGAGAAGUGAAUUUUUCGAGAGUUUUAUCAUUUAAUGACCUGUGUUCUCUUACUUUGUCAAUAAAACGAUGCUGUUGUUAUUGGAUUGAAGGAAGAAGAAAUCUUGUAUAAAUCACGCUGUCGCAACAAAAGAAUGACUGAAUGUUGGAAGACGAAAGAAAAGAGUGUUUAUUCUAAAGAAACCCGAAUGAGACAAUGACAUAGAGUAAUCUUCACUUUGGUGCGUUUUUUAGAUUGAUGUAGGUAGAUAACAAGAAAAAGAUCUCGCUGACUCCUACUUGCUUCGGCAAAUCGAAAAUGUAGUAAAGUGCAGGUUAAUGAUAAAAUAACUUCUCUUCCUUUUUUCUCCAACAUGAUGGAAAGGAAAAUAAAAAAAACAUUAGUUGUUUCGAAUAGAUAACAAUAUGUGACGAAGUACAAAGUAAAACGAAUUUUGCCGACGAGUAAAAAAAAAGAAAAAUAUCAGCAAUAUCCACGAUCCAAAAGUUGCCAAUUCAAGGAAUUCAAGAGAUAUAACUGACUGAGAUAACUAUACCUGUCAAUUAUCAUGGAAACCAAGGAAUUCCAGAGAUAUCGGUAACAGAGAUGUCUAUAUCUUUUAACUAUUAAAAAAAUCAAGGAAGUACGGGCAUAUUAUUUAAGUGAGGGUAACCUAUAUCUCUUAAACAACUUCAAUUUCCAGUUUCUGGAUCAUGAACUUAUCUCAAUUCAAUAUAUUCAAUUAUUAAAAAAGUCGAAAACGAAAAAUCAUAUACGGCAACUCAUGAUAGUGCCAGCCGGUACUGAGUUUCUGUGAAUGAACAGUACAAACAGUUUUUAAAUGUGAAAAAUGUUAUCUUUACAAUAGCCAUUGUCUUUUUAGAGAGAAUUCAAAUAAAUUUCAUCACUAUUUUGUCAAGACAAAUAACAACUACAAUAUUCGAUCCGCAUCGAUCGAAAUUUACAAUCAAUGGGUGAAUGCCAAUUCAAUUCGUCGAUAAACCAUUCAUAUCAUUCUCUCCUCACAAAAAAAACCAGUCUGAUUACGAUUCGUCGGUCAGUAAUAAUGAUAUAUUCUAUGCUCACAAUCAUCAUGAAUCCCAUUUUAUUAUGUUAAUGCUCGAAAAUUUGGUAUUUCUUUUAAGAAGUUUCUCUGAAUCAACGAUAAGAAAAGAGAAAAACAAUACAUAUUAUUCUUCUUAUGUUAUUAUUAUUGACUUAUGUUUAUAUCAUUCUUUUUUCAUAUCUAUUUCAUUCAAAAGGCAAGUCCUUGAUAUAUGAUAUAAUAAUAAGCGGUGAAGGUAUUAUCGAGUUAUAAAGUUUUCGUCAAUUAACAUUAAAUGGUUAUAAGAACGUUUUAUUAUUAGAUAAAUCGUCACGGAUAUUAACUGAUACAAGUUCUGGUAAUAGUGGAAUAUUACGUACAAGAUUUGAUACAAUACCACAAACAUUAGAAUCAAAAUUAGUUAAACGUGAUUAUGAAUUGUAUUGA